AUGGAUCGCACCCACAGUCCAAAGCGGCGCAGGCUUGAGGGCAGCUUCCGUCCCUCUGAUCAUGCAGAUUACGCUGACGAUCUCGCUCCCUCCCUCAAAGUACAGCACCCCUCCAAACCUCGCCUGCCUAAGUCUUCGGACAGAAGUCGCAAAAGUGACUCGGCCCCGCGGCCUCGUCAACAGGAGUUUGAUGGACCCGAACCGUUCUACAACAAGGAAGACACAAACGCCCUGGACCGGGACUGGUACGCAGGUGAUGAGUUUGGCCACACUUUCGGAGAUGAUAGCCACAACCCCUUUGGCGGCGCAGAGCUCGCCUAUAUCGAUCAGCAGCGGGAGAAGAUCCUGGCCGAUAAGAAACUGGGAAAGCGCAUGACCGCCAAAGCAGCACAGAAGCAGAAAGAGGUCGAUGCCUGGGAAGCAAACCGCAUGCUCACGUCUGGUGUUGCUCAGAGGAAAGACCAGGCCCACGUUUUCGACGACGAUGACGCUGUGCGAGUCCAUCUCCUGGUGCACGACCUCAAACCUCCAUUCCUUGACGGGAAGACAAUCUUUACAAAGCAGUUGGACCCCGUUCCCGCAGUUCGCGACUCCCAGAGCGACAUGGCAGUCUUCAGUCGGAAGGGUAGUAAGGUGGUUCGUGAGAAAAGGCAGCAGAAAGAGAGGCAAAAGCAGGCCCAAGAAGCCACCAAUGCUGCCGGCACGACGCUUGGGAAUAUCAUGGGGGUCAAGGAUGACGAAGGGGAUAGCGCUGCAGCUGUGCCUGAUGAGCAAACCGGGAAAAGCAAGUUUGCCACACAUCUCAAGAAAAAUGCUGGCAGUUCAGCAUUCAGCAAGAGCAAGACAUUGAAAGAGCAGAGAGAAUAUCUUCCUGCCUUUGCGGUCAGAGAGGAGCUCAUGCGUGUCAUUCGAGACAACCAAGUCAUCAUAGUGGUUGGCCAGACUGGCUCGGGAAAGACCACCCAGCUCACUCAGUUCCUGUACGAAGAAGGAUAUGCUCAGCGUGGAUUGAUCGGCUGCACACAGCCUCGCAGAGUGGCAGCAAUGAGCGUCGCCAAGCGAGUCAGCGAGGAAAUGGAUGUGGAACUGGGUGGACUUGUUGGUUACGCUAUCCGAUUUGAAGAUUGUACGAGUGAGGAGACAUCCAUCAAAUACAUGACCGAUGGCGUGCUUCUUAGAGAAUCCUUGACGCAGCGGGACUUAGACAGAUACUCUUGCAUCAUUAUGGACGAAGCUCACGAACGUGCCCUCAAUACUGAUGUUCUAAUGGGUCUCAUCAAAAAGGUCAUUGCUCGUCGCAGAGAUCUUAAAUUGAUCGUCACUUCAGCCACAAUGAAUUCAGACCGCUUUUCCCGCUUUUACGGAGGAGCACCAGAAUUCAUCAUUCCAGGUCGUACAUUCCCUGUUGAUAUUCAGUAUUCUCGUUCUCCUUGCGAGGACUAUGUCGACAGUGCCGUGAAGCAGGUCUUGGCUAUUCACGUUUCACAAGCCGCCGGAGACAUUCUUGUCUUCAUGACCGGCCAAGAGGAUAUCGAGGUGACCUGUGAACUAAUUGAGGAGCGGCUUCGGCUACUGGUCAACCCUCCGAAACUUCUCGUCCUUCCUAUCUAUUCACAGAUGCCAGCAGAUCUGCAGGCCAAGAUUUUUGAUCCUGCACCUCCAGCCGUGCGGAAAGUAAUUGUUGCCACCAACAUUGCCGAAACCUCACUGACUGUCGACGGCAUCAUGUAUGUGGUUGACGCUGGCUUUUCAAAGUUGAAAGUUUAUAAUCCUCGAAUGGGUAUGGACACCUUACAAAUCACUCCGAUAUCGCAGGCAAAUGCUUCACAAAGGGCUGGCCGCGCUGGCCGUACAGGGCCUGGUAAAGCUUUUCACCUAUACACGGAACAGGCAUUCAAGAAUGAAUUCUAUGUUCAAACAAUACCUGAGAUACAGCGGACCAAUUUAGCCAACACCGUGCUGCUGCUCAAAUCUUUGGGAGUCAAGAACUUACUAGAUUUCGACUUCAUGGAUCCUCCUCCUCAAGAUACAAUUACAACAUCCUUGUUUGAUCUUUGGGCACUAGGUGCCCUUGAUCAUGUGGGGGAGUUGACAACCAUUGGUCUCACAAUGACUUCCUUUCCAAUGGACCCAUCCCUGGCAAAGAUGCUUAUCACUUCAUCCACAGAGUAUGAAUGUAGCGAAGAGAUUUUGACAAUUGUCAGUAUGCUAUCUGUCCCAUCCGUCUUUUACAGACCAAAGGAACGGCAGGAGGAGUCUGAUGCAGCAAGAGAAAAGUUCUUUGUUCACGAAUCAGAUCAUUUGACCCUGCUGCAUGUGUACAGUCAAUGGAAAGUCAAUGGCUACAGUGAUGCAUGGUGUAUUCGACACUUUCUCCAUCCUAAAGCACUUCGCCGCGCAAAAGAAAUCAGGGAGCAGCUCCAUGACAUUAUGGGACAACAAAAGCUGCAGCUUAUCUCUUGCGGUACCGAUUGGGAUGUAAUUCGAAAGUGCAUAUGCUCAGGCUACUAUCACCAAGCCGCUCGACGCAGAGGAAUAGGAGAGUACAUCAACCUGCGUAGCAGCGUUACUGUCCAGCUUCAUCCAACCUCUGCUUUGUAUGGCCUGGGCGAUCCACCCGAUUAUGUUGUGUACCACGAACUCAUUCUCACGAGUAAGGAAUAUAUGAGCUGUGUGACGGCGGUUGACCCUCAUUGGCUAGCCGAUCUGGGUGGGGUCUUCUACAGCUUAAAAUCAAAGGAGUACAGCAGCAAAGACAAACGUAUCAUUGAGAGUGAGUUCAAUCGAAAAAUGGAAAUUGAAACGCACAUGGCCGAAGAGCGUGCCAAGGAUGAGAGACGACAGAAAGAAGAGGAAGAAAAAGAAAAGCUUUUGGCAGGAAGGCCUAAAAGCAGUGGAGUGAUGAUCAAGAAGAGUGGAAGUAACGGGGUAGUCAAGAAGCCCGUGAUACCAAGGCGAAGGAUGGGAUUCUAG